CAUGUCAAAAACUUAAGUGGAAAACUGCAAAGAAAUACACAGAUAAAUAAGUAUAUAAAUAAGUAUUUUCACUGAUGCUGUUGUUUUCUACAAUUGGGGAGGAGUAACAACCAGCGCCAAUAAUAACCACUAACAGCAGCAAUAUCAAUUUGAGAAGCAAAUUAAUAACGUCAAUAGUGACUUUUCGCAAUCUCUGCUCCGUCACCAUCAAGUUAUGGAAAUCGAAUGGUGUGUAAAAUAAAAAGGAAACGAAACUGGUGAGAAGACAUUGAGACAGAUUGUCUGCUAUACGCGACCCUUGUGUCGCAUAUUUGGCAACGGCUUACCAAGGCUGGGUGUCUCCAAGGUCUGAAUGUUGUGUUACCAGGGUUUCAGAAGAAUCCGUAAUGAGUCAGCCCAGCUAAGUGAUCUUGCUAGAUUAGUAAAUAGUUUAUAAAUGCAUAUGUACUUUAAAAAACAACCAUCAAAAAUCAGAAACUGCCUUGUCGCUCAUCUUUACUGCCACUGAUGCACAAAUCGAGUAUUUAACUAUUAAAAAAAAUUGUUAAAUGAUUUGUUAGCAUACACUAGCGCUUUUAACUACAAGAACUUUUGUUUCGGUAGGCCGUCGCAAUUAAUCGGGCAGCCGUCAAGCAAGCAAUUAGUAAUUUAUUUACCACAUUUUUUACAAUUAACUGUCGUAAUACUGCGAUGGGUAAUUGCCUGCAUUGCUUCCAGACAUCGUCCGAUAAUUCGGGUUCACCGACCGUGGCUACAGCGCCCACCUGCCAAAAACCGCAUAUAGAAGAAACGGAUGAAUUGCUCUCGCCCAGAAGUCCACUCAAGAACGCAAACAAUUGUGAUACUAAGCGAAGUAGUUUUAAGAAAUCUUUGGUUCUACUUAAUGGAAAUGCCACCACCAUGAGUGAUAUAAUAACAACAGCCGUAAAAGAAACGCUUGAAGUGUCGGAUAAUACGCUUAAUCAGCUUUUCGAAGAAUAUAAAGAUCCCGAAGAGGAUAUGAUACUCACUGAGGGGAUUGAACGUCUCUGUCACGACCUCAAAUACCAGCCUGAUGAAUUCGCCAUACUGGUAUUGGCCUGGUGCCUAGAUGCAUCACAAAUGUGUCGAUUUACCAAAUCGGAGUUCAUUGAAGGUUUACACAAAAUGUGCGCAGAUACUAUCGAAACAGUACGAAUAAGACUGGAGCAAACGAUUGAAAUGCUCAAAGUGGAUACAGAAAUGUUCAAACAACUCUAUCGCUUCACAUUUCGUUUUGGUUUGGAGCCUGAUCAGCGCAUUCUCUCGUUGGAUAUGGCCAUCAGUUUAUGGAAAUUGGUAUUCACGGUGCAUACGCCAGAACUGCUCGGUAAUUGGAUACAUUUCCUCGAGCAGCACCCCAGCAUACGUGGUAUUCCAAAAGACACAUGGAAUAUGUUCUUAAAUUUCUCCGAACAAUGUGAUAUCAACAAUUAUGACGAUACAGAAGCAUGGCCGAGCUUAUUUGAUGAUUUUGUCGAUUACGAACGUUCAAGGCUGACAACGCUCACGGAAAUUACCGAAAGUGAAGGCGCAGCUGACGACAGUUAUUGUGCGAAUAAGGGGGUUGUCGGGGAAUCUGCAGAGGACACACAAAUAGAGGCAUGUGUCGCGGCUGGUUACAUUGACGAUGACAACAACAAUGAUGAUUUUAGUCGUCAGUCGCACCAAUCACAAUUAGGGAAGGCGGGUUCAACGGGAACAACGGGUGUUCGCAGCGCUAACGAUGAUAUCUUAUAGUAUUAAACAUUUGUUCGUAGAACGAUAUGUCGCGAGGAAUUUUAAAAAUUUUAGUUUUACUAUUAUUCUUUUUUUUUUUUAUUAACUAAACAAAAUUCUACAAAAACUCAAAAGGCUAGAAAAAAGGAAAUAAUUGGCCGCAAAGCAUUUCGAAGACGAUAUUUGCAUUUGCGUUUGUGUUGCGAAACGCACUGCUCAUUCGAAGAUCUCCUUUUUACAAUUAAUAUUAUUAGUAUAAUAUAAUAAAUAAAUGACUUAUUUGCUUUGUGCUAAUUAAAUUUAAUGUUCAUUCACAUUAGACUUGAAUCGAAACGAAGAACGCUUUUCCAGUGAGCAACAUGGUGCGUUAGGUUAAGCAUUUUAUCUUUAAAUCGUUUUGUUGUCUAAUCAAGUACAUACAAGUAUAUGUAUGUGUAAGUUUACUUGAUUUUCAAACGCCUUUUGAUUAAGUGUGGCACAUUCCCAACUGAUGCGAAUAUUAAAUUUAUUAUUCAGCUUAGGGUUAAGAGGGAGUUACAUAAGUAUAUGUAUGUGCUUGUAUAUACAAAGGUAAUUUGUAAGGUAGCAGUAGUAAUAAAAAUUACGUGCCUCACGGACGAUAUUACCUGGUGUCCUUCCGUUCAACCUUUUAUUGAAUUGCAUAACCGUGUGUGUAUUAGCAUAAUGUUGCCAAAUUAAUAAUUAUUUAUAUCUGCAAUUAUACAUACAUACAUACAUUAUUUGAAAUGCACACUGUUUAUUUGUUUGAUGAAACUGUAACAUUAAAUUAUUAGUUGCACGAUACAUUUGUUUCUCCAUUAGCACGAUUCUAUGCACCACAUAUAUAUACAUACCUAGUUCCAUAAUUAUGAUAAGACAAUGCAUACCAUUCAUUGAUGUAUCGCAUCCUUAUUUAUGAAUAAAAAUGCCCAAAUAAUA